UGCAAUUGUCGAGGAAAUCACUGAAGAUGUUGAUGAUGUUGACAAGUGGGUGGAAGUUGUAUGUAAGAGUUGGUUUGAUGGUGAAUACUGUUUAUUUCCUCCGAAAAGCAAAGAAAAAUAUAUUACGACUUAUGUAAAAACAUGUCAUCAACCAGACUCAAGUUGGGUCAAAUAUCCUGCAAAAUUAAUCAAAACAUAUGCAUCUUACGAUGAAGCAAGACAAAAACUCAAUAAAGCAGUUAAGGGGGAUGAUCUGUGUACAACCGACGCAGAUGAAAGGAAAAAAACCAGAAAAUCGCGAAUGUCAAAAUUUUCCCGAGAAGAUAAAAAUGAAGAUGAUGACAUGGCAAUCAAUCGUUCAAAGAAAACAUCUUUUAAAAGAAUUCGGCAAUUCCCGGCUAGUGGCAGCGAAGACGAAAUGGCGAAUUCUUCUGUUCCGCCAAAACCACCAGCAAUUGCAUUAGCCAAUACCAAGCUUUCCUCACAAAGCAAUCUACAAUCUCAACGUUCUUGCAUCAAAAGAACAAAAAGUUUGCCAUCAAACAGUAAGAAGCCAACCAGAAAUGAGAAUGUGAGAUGCUUUCCUGAAAAGCAAACAGGUUUGCGAGAUACAACUAGCAAGCCAAAUGACUCGUUUAAAGACGACAGCGACAUACUUUCGUUUUCAGAUCGAACUCAUCAUUUUUCCACCCGAUAUCGUCCUGUAAAUUACGGGUAUUCUGUUCCAGAAUUUGGAGAUGAAGGCGAAUUUCAGUCAAUGGACACUGAUUUGAACCAGUCAAACAGUGAAAAUCCAGCAAACACCAGAAUUAAUCAUGCGAGACAUGGAUCUGAAAAGCAUAGUUUGCAACCUAAUACGUCCAGCAACAGCAUUGACACAAUUGAAGAUGAUGGUAAUAUUUCCAUAAAUAUUCAAUUACCGUUUUCAGGCCAAGCUGUGCAUUUUUCUACUAGACAUCGUCCAGUAAAUUACGGUUACUCUGUUCCAUGAUUAAGCGAUGAAGAAGACUCUACGGACACUUGGACUUCUGCUAUGGAACCUGAGAAAGCAAAAACCAAAUCGUUUCAUGAUAGUGACACCAAUCAUUCAGUUACUAAAGCAAAAUUAGCGCUGUCAUCAAAAAGUAUAGCAGGGAAGUCAAAUUCAGACAAAGGAAAGAGUUUGUUACCAUCAUCCAAUAAUAAACAGCAAAAAAGUGCUUGGUCAGGAUCCCAGUCAGCUGUUUCUCAUCGUUUCCCCAAUGACAAAGUGGCUUGUGAAUCCCAACCCCAUUAUUCCCUUUACGACAAUGACAACGCAUCUCCGAGAUCCGAGCCAUAUCAUUCCCGGUACGACAAUAACAAAGCGUCUGCUGUUUCUCGAUCUCAAAACUCACUCAGAACCGUUAAAUUUCGAAAUAAUGAAACUUCGUCACAACUCUUACAUCGAGGCAUAGUCAAAGCAAACUUUGGAAUCCAGGAUAAUCAGAAGUUAACAAGUGGAUUAUUUGAACGAAUGAAGUGGAUGGAUUUGGCUCUUCAAAAGAAAAUUUUUAAUGAUGAGCCAGAGCAAGAUGGUUUUAAUUUCGAAAUCUUCCCUCUCACUUCAAUGUUGGAAUUUGAAGAAGUGAACGACCAGCUCAAGCCUUUUCAUGCUCGAAAAUCUUUAGUAAGUAUAAUAUGUACUGAAAACUGUAUUGAAUUCA